AUGCCUUCGCUUAAUGUUGAUCUUCUUAAUUCGGCACUGUCUGCCAUGAUCAAAAGCCAUGAAUUUGUAUCAGAGAAGGAAUUUCGAGAAAAAAAUAUAUCCUAUGCUACUUAUAAGCAAGUCGACUUUAACUCGUUUCACCAGGUCACUCUUGUCGGUGGUGAUGUCGGUUCCACUAUCAAACAAGACGUUGCUACUGAUAGUCAAAAUGUGUUAAAAAAUUUUACACAAAAGCCGGAAAAACAAAGAGAAAAAGGACGAGGAAUGCAGGUUUUUGCUAAAACUCUUACUGGAAAAACUUUAACUUUGGAAUGCCAAACAAGUGACACAAUAGAGGAAGUAAAAAAAUUAAUUCAGGACAAAGAAGGCAUUCCGCCGGACCAACAGAGAUUGAUUUUUGCAGGUAAAAAGCUGGAGGAGAGUCGUACACUCGCAGAUUAUAACAUUCAAAAAGAGAGCACAAUUCAUCUAGUUCUGCGUAUGCGUGGUGGCGAAUGUGUCCAGUAUCGAAGACCGUGUGGAUGGCAGCGAUUUGCUUUAAAAGUCAGUGGAAAAUAUGACAACGGCGAUAAUACUUGGCUUGGUACUGAUGAUACAGCUUGGCCGGUGUCUUAUCAUGGAACUGCUAAACAUAAUUCAAAAUUAAUUUCUGAAGAAGGAUAUUUGUUAAGCAAGGGAAAACGUUUUGCUUAUGGGCGCGGCAUUUAUUCAACACCUGAUGUUAGCGUAGCUGAACUCUAUGCAACGGAAUUUGAGUUUGAGCGCAAGAGAUAUGUGAUUAUAAUUCAAAAUCGAGUAAACCCAAAGAAUUUAAUCAAGAUUAACGCAAUAACAACCGGAGUUGGCGAAUAUUGGAUUUCAGAGAAAGAACGAGAUGUUAGGCCGUACGGAAUUUGUAUUAAAAAAAAGUGA